AUGGCCGGUGAUAAUCUGAAGAUUGAACCCGCUCAACUCGAAAGGCUUGGGCCUGGUGAUAGCAAUGCUUCUGAAAACGUGGGAGUGGCCGCAAAGGACUUGAACGCUAAACUGGAAGAGAAGGAUGCCCUGCUCAUGGAGUUUCGCACCAUCACGAAGCUUCUUUCAGUCAUCGGGCCCUCAUGUCCUGAGGUAUUGAACAAGUUGGGGAGCCCUGAAAUAGUGGGUGCCCUCGAUCCUGCUAAGCGGCCUGGUGGCGUGAGGGGCUCCUUCCGCCGGAUGACAAAAGCAGAUGAUGACUCCGAUUUGCGGCGAUUGGAUGCAUUUGCAAGCUUACUUGUGCGAGAGCAUGAGAAUGUUGCAAUCACCUUCAAAAGGGAUACUUAUCCUGUUGUGGUGGUGUCGCAAGAUCAGAUGGCCUCACCGCCCACCACCGUCACUAUCGGGCAUGGCAGGACAAUGCAAGUCAUGGCGCCGACCGCUGAUGCCGAUGCACAGACAGGCAAAGAAAAAAGGGUGGCAAUGCCUAGCUCUCUCCUACAUGGAGCUUGGCUCAUCCACUUGUCACAAGAGAAGACUGAGCAACUUUUCAAAGAGGUCAAGGAGAACCCAGUGAAGGCUGUAGUGGACAAUGCCCUUACCCAGCUAUUCGAGGAGCACGCAUCAAUCAUAACGAGCUUCUUUAGUGACUACGCAAAGGCUCGGGAUGAGAAGGAGAAGUCCAAAUCCUACCAAAUGUGGACAAUGUACAUCUAUGUGAGGUCCGCGAUGAAAAUGUAUCGCAGGAUGUUUUUCACCCUGUCCUGCCCAUUCUGGAAGGCUCUCGAGAACCCAGCUGUUGAACAUUUUGUGGAGAAGGAGCUGGACUCAUUUACGUUCCCGACCAGCAAACCAAAGAGAGGGACUGAUGAUGACCUCGCAGUCUAUUUGAAGGCUAUUCUGGAGCUGGGAGAAUGUCCCUCAGAGUCGAAGUUGCUGGCUGUGUGUACCGGUAACACUGCAAAGGGUGCUACCGAGACAAAGGCACUUUAUACCAGGGAAACCUGUCUUGAGUUUCAUAUGGUACUAUGCCAUUGUGUCCUCGUUUACAGAGAUGCCGUGGUGCAGUCCCGAGAUACCUGGUGGCGGGUGUUGGCAUGGAAGGACACCUGUCGAAAUGCAGGCUCACAAGAUUGUUGUGCAUUGACGGAGUGGGACCUUCAGGGGCUCAGUGAGAGAGGGGUGCCAGUGAUAACAAACAAAGCACAGGCUCUUCAGAAUAUGGAGGAUGCUGCACUUGUCCUGAUGGUGGCUGCUAAUACCAUCCACGCUUUUGCCUACUCCUCAGCACUCCCGCUCCAUCUUAGCAACAUUGCCGAAGGGCUGAUGAAACCAUUCGAAGAAGAACGGAAUGCAUGUCAGAGCCGAGCUCACUCAUCCUAUAAUGCCGAGAUGAAAGCAUCUAGGGAAGCUGAUGCCAAAGCGCGUGUGGAGGAGAAAGCCAAAAAACCUCCUCUCUUCGACGAGUCGAGCGAUGAAGAAUCGUAUCACGAGUUAUCUACGGGCAACUGGCUCGAUGGUUCAGUAGUGUCAGACGGCCAUACAGAGGCAAAGGUCCCAGUACCUGAGCUCAGUUCCGAUGGAAAGGAUGGUCUUCCCGGUGUGGGCAAUGUUGUCAGAGACAAGGGCAAAGCAUGCGUCGAGGGUGGUACUUUCCCCCCAGUGGCCAUAUACAAGGAAGACGAGGCACAGCACAAUGUCAAGGCUGAUCGCAUGACCAUGGCUAGCGAGAGUGAUGCUCUCAAUGAAGGCAAUGACGAAUGUGAAUCGGAUUUGGGAGCCGUGAUGUCUAGCAUAACACCAUUGGUUGACCGCGUUGAUCUGAAGAUGGCCUUUGAGAGAUGGUUUCGCUUGCAAGCCUCCUUCCCCGAAUCCAUCCGAAUACUACAAGGGUUUGCAUCCAAGUCCCCGUGGAAGGGCACUGGAAAACCGUACGAAGUUCACGUGGUAACUGCGGAGCAUCAAGGUCAAGGAAUGUUGUCGAUAGACGAUCUCAUCAACAAGCUGUAUAAAGAUAGUCCGCGAAAGCAAGAUGUUAGCCGUUACUUCCAGAGGCAUCCAUCAAUCGGGAGCAAAGUUGGGACGACAUUCUUAGGGACCUUGCAUGCAGAGGCUUUUAUGGCAGCCAUUGUGAAGAGUGACCCUGAUUACGCUGUGUAUGGCCAAGACAAGCUGGGUGUAUCCAAACGAUGCUGCCCUGUCUGUACUGCUGUGCUGGUUCACAUCAGAGCUGAAACCAAGGCCCCGAAAUUCAAGAUAAGAGGGACUCAUGCGACAGUCUCUGCUUGCGCUCUCCCACCUUGGCUGCCCCUGCCGAUUGUCCAGAAAAUUGUCGACCUUUUCCGAACCGAGCUUAUGGAGAAGAUCAAUGCCAAGGUGGAUUCUGAGUGCUACUCAUGGAUGAAUUCUCCAACCUCGGUGGACUCGCACAAUCUUCAGCGAAUAUCACAGGACAGUGCUGCCGAGCAGAGAGUGAUCACAAGGAGCUUCAUAGAAAGUCUUUUUAAACGCGAUGGGGUCCGCGGCGGCUUCACACCUAAAGAGUAG